ACCCACCUCGAUGAGUGAUCAGCCAACCGAUGGCGUCGCCCGCCUCCGUCUCAAGGUGUCCCUGUGGAUCUACGGCACCGCCCUGGUGUUCAUUCUCGUGGCCAUCCUGCUGCUCAUCCUGCCGGGUCUGGUGCGUGGAUAUCCCCUGGUUUCGAACGAUGUGGCCACCUAUUGCUUCUUCGGCAUCGGACUGGCCACGCUGUGCGUCUAUAUCAACGUGAUGUGGCUGCGCCGGAAGUGUGCCUUCAUCAACUACUUCAUUGCAGCCUGUCUGGCAUUUGGAACGGUUUCGGUUCUAUCGUAUCAGUUCACUGUGCAUGUGCUGCUUCUCAGCCUGGAGAUUCUAAUCAUGAUGACGCUGCUGCUCCUGGUGGGCUCCUUUAAGCUGCCCAAGUUUCCCACGGUGGCGUACCUAUUGUUUACCUGGGGCAUAUUCGCCACGUUCUCCUCCAUCCUGAUGACCAUAGUUUGUGCCCACUUGCUGGAUAUCCUACUCGCCUAUGAAGUAGCCAUUCACUUUGUGCUCUGGCAAAUCAUGUUCCCGCUGAUUGUGUUCCAGGCGCAGGUGAUCUCCGGAUUUUGGGACAACCUACCGCCCUUCAUCGACAAGUCACUCUGCUCCACAAUGCUGUUGUUAGACUUCCUCGCCUGCUACGCCUUCCUGGACUCCGCCGAAGACAUUGGGUUCGAGGUCUUUUACGUCAGCCAACCGACAAACCAAAAGUUUUUAGGCAGAUCCAUUAAGAGCCAAUGGGAUAUGAUGGUGGACUCGAAAUAGGGACUUUUCAAGUUGGAGAGUUGUGCUAAAGCCUGCCUUAUAUUAGUAUAUUAAAUAUAUAGAUAGUAAACAUAUCGGAACAUUUUUGGAAUACCUAUACAUUU